GAGGUUGCAUCAACAAUUUGAGAGCUAUAAAGAGCAAGUAAGAAAGAUAGGGGAAGAAGCCCGCCGUUACCAGGGAGAGCACAAGGAUGAUGCUCCAACAUGUGGAAUCUGUCAUAAAACAAAGUUUGCAGAUGGUUGUGGCCAUUUGUGCUCUUAUUGCCGGACCAAGUUUUGUGCUCGAUGUGGAGGUCGUGUCUCUCUGCGAUCAAACAAUGAGGACAAAGUGUACAGGAAUACUGUUCCUACUCAUUGUGGAUCACAUUCAACAGUACCUGUAAGAGUUAUGUGGGUAUGCAAUUUAUGUCGAAAGCAACAAGAAAUCCUAACGAAAUCUGGAGCGUGGUUUUUUGGAAGUGGACCACAGCCGUCACCCAGCCAAGAUGGAACACUGAGUGAUACGGCCACUGGUGGAAGCUCGGAUGCACCGAGAGAAAAGAAAGCAAGACUUCAAGAGCGAUCGAGGUCACAGACUCCUCUAAGUACAGCAACUGCCUCAUCACAGGAAAUCUCUUCUUCCAGUGUGCAGUCCGACCGUAGGAAAGGAGCAGAAGUAUCGCAGCCAGCUAUGGGCCUGGAUCAAAAGCAAAUUUCCUCAAGGUCUAGAAGUGAACCUCCAAGAGAGAGGAAGAAGACGAUAUUGGUUUCAGACCAGAAUGGCAAAGGUUUAAAAAGUGAGCGUAAGCGUGUGCCGAAACCCUCGCUUCAAAAAGAAGGACCUGCAGGUGACAGGGAGCGUAAAGAACGACCUGAAGGUAGAAGGCUGGAGAAAGGCAAGUCACAGGACUACCCAGAUUUGCCAGAGAAACUUGAGGAAGGCAAAGUGCCUGAUGAUGAAAAACAAAGGAAGGAAGAUGAAUAUCAUACCCGUUACAGGAGUGACCCCAAUCUGGCAAGAUAUCCCGUAAAACCACACCCUGAGGAACAGCAGAUGCGCAUGCAUGCAAAAGUUUCUAAAGCACGGCAUGAAAGAAGACACAGUGAUGUAGCUUUGCCACAUACAGAAAUGGAGGAAGCAGAGGUACCUGAGAAUAAAUUAGGAAAACGCUCACAAUUACAGGGAACUCAGGACAGAAAAUCUCUUGUGGAAACUCAGAGGUCGUACUCUAUAGACAGAACAGGUGAUGUAAGAAUUUCUGUUUCUAAACAAUUAACUAAUCAUAGCCCACCAACACUCAGGCAUAGUCCAGUUCCUAUAGAACAUGUAGAAUACAAGAACCACGAUUCCUUUAAAAAACAGAGCCGCCUUGAUCCUAGCUCUGCUAUUCUCAUGCGAAAAGCAAAGCGGGAGAAAAUGGAGACCAUGCUAAGGAAUGAUUCCCUUAGCUCUGACCAGUCGGAAUCAGUGCGGCCAUCCCCUCCAAAGCCUCAUAGAGCAAAAAGAGGCGGAAAGAAAAGGCAGAUGUCAGUUAGUAGCUCAGAGGAAGAAGGGGCAUCAACACCAGAAUAUACUAGCUGUGAAGAUGUGGAGAUAGAAAGUGAAAGUGUCAGUGAAAAAGGUGACUUGGAUUAUUACUGGCUAGAUCCUGCCACGUGGCACAGCAGGGAGACAUCCCCUAUUAGUUCGCAUCCAGUAACGUGGCAGCCUUCUAAAGAGGGAGAUCGCUUAAUUGGGCGUGUUAUUCUUAACAAGAGAACAACCAUGCCAAAAGAAUCAGGUGCAUUACUGGGGCUAAAAGUUGUUGGAGGAAAAAUGACAGAAUUAGGACGACUCGGUGCCUUUAUUACCAAAGUGAAGAAAGGUAGCUUGGCUGAUGUGGUGGGGCAUCUCAGAGCAGGGGAUGAAGUUCUAGAAUGGAAUGGUAAACCCUUGCCUGGAGCUACAAAUGAAGAAGUUUACAACAUUAUUUUAGAAUCAAAAUCAGAACCUCAAGUUGAAAUUAUUGUUUCAAGGCCUAUUGGUGAUAUUCCACGGAUUCCCGAGACUUCUCACCCCCCAUUAGAGUCUAGUUCAAGUUCUUUUGAAUCUCAGAAGAUGGAAAGGCCUUCUAUUUCUGUUAUAUCUCCGACCAGCCCUGGAGUGCUACGGGAUGCACCACAAGUCCUACCAGGGCAGCUUUCUGUUAAACUGUGGUACGACAAAGUGGGACAUCAGUUAAUAGUAAAUGUUCUGCAAGCAACAGAUUUGCCACCAAGACUAGAUGGACGCCCCAGGAAUCCCUAUGUAAAAAUGUAUUUUCUUCCAGACAGAAGUGAUAAGAGUAAAAGGAGGACCAAAACAGUAAAGAAAAGUCUAGAGCCAAAAUGGAACCAAACUUUUCUCUACUCACAUGUACAUCGUAGAGAUUUUAGAGAACGAAUGCUUGAAAUAACCGUAUGGGAUCAGCCAAGAGUACAAGAAGAGGAGAGUGAAUUUCUUGGAGAGAUUCUUAUAGAGCUGGAGACAGCACUUUUAGAUGAUGAACCACAUUGGUAUAAGCUGCAGACACAUGAUGAAUCUUCACUACCUCUGCCUCAGCCAUCACCUUUCAUGCCAAGAAGACAUGUUCAUGGUGGAGAAAGCACUAGCAAAAAAUUACAAAGAUCUCGGCCAAUCAGUGAUAGUGACAUCUCAGAUUAUGAUGUUGAUGAUGGUAUUGGAGUUGUUCCUCCAGUAGGUUAUAGAUCUAGUACUAGAGAAAGUAAACCUGCAACGCUAACUGUGCCAGAACAGCAAAGAACAACACAUCAUCGUUCACGAUCUGUAUCUCCUCACCGUGGUGACGAUCAGGGCAGGACCCGUUCACGUUUACCAAAUGUGCCAUUACAGAGGAGUUUAGAUGAAAUUCAUCAAAUGAGAAGAUCACGUUCUCCAACUAGACACCAUGAUGCCUCCAGAACUCCAGUUGAUUACAGAUCCAGAGACAUGGAUAGUCAGUAUUUGUCUGAUCAAGAAAGUGAGCUUCUUAUGCUGCCCAGAGCAAAACGAGGAAGAAGUGCAGAGUGCCUACAUACCAUCAGAAGUUCUGAUAGGCACUAUAAAACAUUACCACCCAAGAUGCCUUUACUAGAAAAUGGUACCCAUUGGAACCUAUACAGCUCAACUCUUCCUGCAUGUGCUAAGACCAAAUCAGUGAUUAGACAGGAUAUUACACUCCUUCGUGAUUGCCUUAAUUCACAAAUACCGAACUUUGGAGAUUAUCUACUGGUUAGUGAACUACAGCCCUCCCUUGACAGGGCUAGGAGUGCUAGUACCAACUGCUUGAGACCAGAUACUAGUUUGCAUUCACCAGAACGAGAAAGGGGUAGAUGGUCCCCCUCCCUAGAGAGGAGACGACCUACUAGUCCCAGGAUUCAUAUCCAGCAUGCAUCUCCGGAGGAUGACAGAACAAGGACGCUGGAGUCUUGCAUUCCAAAACAGGACAGUGUAGACCACCUAAGUGCUAAACCUGGAGCAGCACAGAGGCAGUCCAGAAAAGUGGAAAGAUAUAGCAGCCAAAAACAAACUAGGAAAGGCGCCGCAACUGAAACAGAAAGGGGUCUGCCACCAUGUCUUUCUAGAAGGGGACUUCCAGCCCCACGAACAACUGAACAGCCAGUCAUUAGGGGAAAGCAUCAUGCUCGCUCAAGGUCGAGUGAGCACUCUAGUAUCAGACCCUUAUGCUCUGUACAUCACCUAGCACCCGGAGGGUCGGCGCCACCUUCUCCACUUCUGACAAGAAUACAUCAGCAAGGAAGUCCCACACAGUCUCCUCCUGCAGACACAUCCUUCAGCAGUCGCAGGGGAAGACAGCUACCGCAAGUUCCAGUAAGAAGUGGCAGUAUAGAGCAAGAGCAAGAGACUUUUAACUCUUCCACAAAAGCAAGCUUAGUAGUGGAGGAGCGAACGAGACAGAUGAAAAUGAAAGCGCACCGUUAUAAUCAGACAUCAGGGUCUGGUUCUAGCCAAGAACAUGAGCGUGAGCAAUAUACCAAGAUGCCACACACAGAACAUAAACACCAUGCUGCAGCUGCUCUGGCUUUCCAGAGAAUGCGCAACACAUUUUUGGAAG